AUGUUCCAUCGGCAAUGUGUUAACCUUAAAAACGAUGCCCGUAAAUUAAAUAAAUGGCAAUGUCAGGGAUGUAAGACGGGGAGUCCAAGUGAAGAAGUCCAUGUGAGCGCUACGCCUGGCUCGCUUAGCUCUGGUGGCACAGAUACUGAGCUCGGCGAAGUAGUACCGGGCACUAGCGACAGAGGGAGCUGUGAUGAUAACAUAAACUUGGCAAGUGAAAUAAAAUUAAUACGCGAGCAGUUAACUACAAUCGCCCGUGAGAUAAUAUCAUUUCGAGAAGUUAUAUCAAAAAUAAGUUCCAAUGUAGAUGAGCUAAACAAUAGAGUCGGCGAUAUUGAAAAAAGGGUUAUACAUCUUGAACAGCGCGCGGCGGAUCCACAACCUCAGAAAACAGACUCCAAAUUGGAAGACACAUUAACUGAACUCUAG